AUGGGAUCCGCCGCCGAAGACGAUAGCUCUUUCUGGCAGCGCCUGCACACGCUUCUGGACACGCAAUGCGACACGCACGAGCAGAUCGACGACUGUCUGCGCUCCUUCCUUGAGCUUUCGACCGACGGCUUCCUUGACACCGAAUACGACAUCGCCCGCUGCUGCUACCGUCUGAUUGACUCGCCCCUCUUCAUCCAGAACAAGGACUAUGUGCGCCGCCAAUUCGUCUACUGCCUGCUACAGGAGGAAGACGCACCCGUACUGCACAUCGUUACCGCCGUGCUGCUCUAUGACGGCCGCAGCGAUGAAGCCGUCUUUGAGAUGAUGCAGCUUGAGGGCACGUUCCCCCGCCUGCUCGAGUUGAUCAAAGGCAACAAGGACGACAACACCGGCCUGCAUCGCCUACUGCUUGAGCUGCUCUGCGACAUGUCCAGAAUCCAGCGCCUGUCACUCGAUGACCUUGCUACUGUCGACGAUGCCUUUGUCAUCUACCUCUUCGAGCUCAUAGAGGAGCUGUCCAACGACGCCAACGACCCCUAUCACUAUCCCACCAUCCGCGUCUUGCUCAUACUUAACGAACAAUACAUGUGCUACGCCGUUUCUCCAGAGUCACACCCCACCCUGACCAACCGCAUCAUCAAAGUUCUCUCCAACCACGGCCCUUCGUACCGUACCUUUGGCGAAAAUCUAAUAUUGCUUCUGAAUCGCGAGUCCGCCCUGGGUCCCCAGCUGUUGAUCCUCAAGCUCCUCUAUCUCUUAUUCACCACCCCUUCCACCUUUGAGUAUUUCUAUACAAACGACUUGCAUGUUCUUGUCGAUGUCAUCAUCCGCAACCUCCUCGACCUGGACCCUGGGUCUGACGAUGACGAUCAAUCAGACUUGCCUCGGUAUGGUGGUGGCCAGCGAGCUCUCCGUCACACAUACCUACGCGUCUUGUGUCCGCUUCUGAAGAAUACACAACUGGCCCACGAUAAUGCUCACUACAAACGUGAAGAACUGCGCAAACUUUUCUGCUUGCUGGUCAACAGAUCCUCGUUUCAUUUCGCUCCCGUCGACGAGACUGUUGUGCGCCUGGUCUCACGCUGCAAACAGGUUGCAUGGAUAAGAGACGAAUCAGAUCACGAGGACCCAAUCAGCCCUCCCACUGAUGCGCAUGUAGCCAAGCGUUUACUCGGAAUGAACCUGGUGGAGGCGGGUGAGAGUAGUCUGAGCGUCUUGGAGGUCACUGCCAAAGUUGAGAAGGAAAAGCCCAUGGUACCCGCUCCACGAAGGCGGAAGAGGCUGCAGCAGCAACAAUCAAAGGAGACGGUCCUGUUGCGAGUUUCGCCCGCCAGUGCGCACAACGGCGAUAGAAGCCCCUUUGAUGAUGAUAAUGAUGAAGAGUGA